GCACAUUUCUCACAGAAAGACAGAAGAGAGCUCUAGGAGCUGAGUUUGACGGACUGAAAUGACUGGAUAAUAUUUUUUUAACGCAAGUUGAAUGUUGACUGAAUUGACCAAAUAAUUGUAGGGUCUAUCAAAACAUUGCUCGAAGAGCUGUGGUGGAGAUGGCAGAAAGCAAAACCAGCAUCAGCUCAAAAGGAGGGGCCAAUGUGCUGGCUAAACGGGUCCAGAAACAAUUCAGCAGAGCGCAGGAGAAGGUGUUGCAGAAGCUUGGCAAAUCUGAUGAGACCAAAGAUGAGCUCUUUGAGCAGUGUUUGAUGAACCUCCAAGACCAGCAGAAUGAUGCAUACAGAAUACACAAGGAUCUUAAAGCAUACCUGAACGCCGUCAGAGUAAUGAGGGAUGCUUCAAGUCGACUGUUUCAGUCCCUGUUUGAUGCAUAUGACCCUGAGUGGGAUGGCGCAGAGGAUCUCGGUGUAGUUGUGGAGGGGGAAGAUCUUCUGUGGAGUGACUAUGAGGUUAAACUGCGAGAUCAGGCAUUGCUCACCGUGGAUUCCUACAUAAGCCAGUUUUCAGAUGUUAGGGAACGAGUGGCCAAGAGAGGCAGGAAGCUUGUAGACUAUGACUCCGCCCGACAUCACCUGACAGGGCUGAAGAAUGCAAAAAAGAAAGAUGACGUCAAAAUUGGGAAGGCUGACGAUGAGAUGAAGGCAGCCAAGACGACAUUUGAGGACAUAAACAGAGAACUAAAGGAGGAACUGCCUAUUCUAUUUGACAGUCGCAUCGGAUGCUAUGUCACAGCCUUCCAAGCUAUUUCCUACCUUAGAGAUAUCUUCUACAAAGAAAUGACCAAGAACAAUCAGGAUCUACAGACUGUGAUGAAAGAGCUGAGGGACCAGCAUCCAGAUAAGACCUUCAUGGUGAAGAACUUCAACCGCUCAGGUUCCUUGAAGAGAAGGUCAUUUAGAGAUACGUUGUCUCCCAGAUCACUUAAAAGCUUUUAUGAUUUCCACAUGACUUACAGCCCCAGAAGCUCUCUCAGGAGAGACAACUCAUCCAGUUUUAGGUCUGACAAACCAAAAUAUGAACCAUACAGCCCUAAACAGACCAGUCCCACCAGGCCCAAACCCCAUUAUGACAACGUGCCUCAUCUCAGAGACACAGAAACCACUUCCAUAGACUAUCCCAAAGAAGAAGAUGUUCCCUCCCAUGAGCCCCAGGUGAACGACGCCACUGAGGAUGAACCAGUGGAGGAUGAGAAGAAAGAGAACGAGUCUUCAACAGCUACAAAUCAAGACAGACAGGAAGACAGCCUUGUGUCUAAAGAUGAUUCAUCAUCUUCUGAGAAUUAGAGUGAACUUCAAGCAAACUCAAGUCCUACUAAAUGCACGGAGAUCAAAACCACACUGGCCUCAGAUGGACAUGAGGAGCAUAAGAAGAUGGAGGAGCCUAAGAAGAUGGAGGACCCGGAGCCUUCUGGGAUGGAGAACGGAAUAGCUCAUGACAACCAGUCAGAUGUGGAACAAAUCGAGACUUCACAAUCAGUGAGUUCAGUGGAGGUGAGCGUGCUUUGA